AUGGCUUCAACAACUCAUGUGGCCGCCAGCAGCACCACAUUCUUGGGUAGCCGACCAGUCACCGGUGGAAUCAACACUGUGACACAACGACAAUUGGUCCAUGACGUCAAGGUGCCACAAAACAGGUUCAACGAUGGAUGUGGAGGGCAUGUCUGGGCCAUUGGAGAUCUUGCCAAUUCCACCAAUCUUAUUUCCGGCACUCCGGCGUCUGCGGAGCAUCUCGAAGUCUUUGACGAUGUGGCUCUGUCUAUUGUCUACUUUGACCUGAAUCCCUGUGGAGUCCACCCAUGGCAUAUUCAUCAAAACAUGGAUGAGUAUGUCUUUGUUGCAAGAGGCUCAGGAAUUGUUUCCAUCAUGAGUCCCUAUGAUCAGUCCAUUGAAAUGCUGGCGGUAUCAGAGAACGACCUUGUGACGUUGCCAGAGUCGUACCUGCAUCAAUUUGAAGCCAGCAGUGAAGGAUUGGAACUUGUUGCAUUUGGCAGUGUCAAUGAAGCCCACCUAGCACUGCUUCCUCUUUACAUGGCCAUGCAACCAGAGCCUGUCCAACAAGCCGUGAAUGUACAGGUCAUGCCCAGUGGUACUGGUACCGGCCUUCCGAAUUUCUUCUCGCAAUCCUAUCCCUGGACAAACAACAUGGAGAAUGGUCCUGGUGCCGCCUUUGUGUGUGCCAACAUCACAGAGGAUCCAACAAAUUGCCCCCUGCGACCAGAGACUCCAGGACAGUACUGCACCCGCGACUCUCAAACUGGCAAUCAACAAUGCACUGUCUAUGAUGGCUCCAAUGACAAGUAUUAUCCUCCCUUUCAAAGUGUAGCAUCCUGUGCAUCGCCUGAUCCCACCACUACAGGAUGCACUUGUCAAUUUGAUGGAGCCGUCUGUCAGUUGCAGCCUGCUCGGGCCACUGUGACGGACAUGCUGUAUGCUCGAUUGCAAUUGGAACAGGGUGCCAUGAUCGGUCCCGCUCUUCAGGCGCGAGGUGGCAUUGGCGGCUAUGUCACCAAAGGACGUAUCUGGGUCAUGUUCUUGAGCCCCAACUUUGGCUAUGCCAGUCAGUUUGUGGCAUCUCAAGGACAGUCCUUUUACAUUCCUCCCGAUGUUUUUGUCAACAUUUUGGGUAUGGACCAGGACAAUGCUGCCGUCAUGGGCGUUUCCCGCAAAAAGGACAAGUUGCAAAAUGAAGUGGGUAUCUUUGUUCCUGUUGGACCUGCCUUGAAUGUUGUGCCUGCGAACGUCCUGCACGGAUAUUUUGGGUGGGACGAUGCGACUGCAGCAUCCUUUGCUGCAUCUGCCUCCACCACUUCCAUUGGGAACAAGUCAAUGGUUCCGGAACUCAUAUCCUGGGUGGAACAACUCACACCGGAUCAGGUUCUCUGUCCUGCCACCAAUGAGUUUUGUACCGGCACAGAACCCAUGCCAGAUACUACACUUGUCUAUGACAAUGUUCCAGGCACAGCUUCACAUACAAUCAAUGCUGAAUUAUUGAAGGAAGAAGCCGACAAUAUGAGCUCUGGAGAAAAGAUAGCCAUUGCUGCCCUUGUAAUUGCCACGGUUGACUUUUUCUUGCUCUUGUUGGUCCUGCUCCGAGGCAAGAAACAAGAAGCCCCUGGAGGUUCACCUGAAGAUGUUAGUGGCAUGACCUCACCUGAAGAUGUUAGUGCCAUGAAGGUUUGA